UAAAAAAUGACUCAUAGGGUAAUUCAUGUAUUUUGGACAGGCUGAGGACAACGUUGGAAAAAUCGUCCCCUAGCUUCCUUAGAAAGCAUUUGAUUAUUUUGCAAAGUUACUAAUACGCUUAUAAUAUGAUUGUACUUUGCCUUCCUGGCGAUAAAAACCUUAACGAAAGCAUUUUAAGCUGAGAAAAUCACAAUUUUUAAUCGCCUGUUAGAAUCGCAUUUUGGACACCGAAUAUAUGUUUUGGACACCCUCAGGUAUAUAUAAUUUGGACAGGGCAAUUAUCUCAAUGUUUAGCCAUGAAUACUGCUAAAUCACGGAAGUAGCAUAAAUUAAUAAAUAUUUUCUUGCAAAUAAUCAAAUUUCUCCGCUUAACAGGCAUCUAAUUUGAUGACUAUUACAGUUUUUGUUGAAAUCGUGGAAACAUCGCCAGACCCACAGAAUACGCCUCCAAGUAUGCAAUCGCAUAGCAUCCCCAUGUAGUUUGUCAGAUGACCAAAAUAUAUUUACAGUAGAAAACAUGCAAUGUAUUUUGGACACCUCUUAUUUUAAGCGUUCUAGAUGAAUGUUAAGAGAUUGGCUGCCUAAUGCUUCUUUAUUAAACAUUUUUCAUUGCAAAAAGGCAUUUCAAUUUCUUACAAUUAUUAUUUCAACGUUUCUGGGGUGAAUAUUGUAUGUGACUGUGAAGUGUAUGUUGUCUUGCAUACCUGUGCAUUUGAGGGGUUUUAGUGAAAUAAUUUACAUUUUCAAUAAUUUUGAAGCAAAUCCGUAAUUGCUAAGCAUAUUUUCAACGUAAGUGAUCAGAAUAGGGUCUGUUUGAUCCAAUAAUCCAUAUUGAGAAAUGUCUACUUUAAUUAGCUUUCCAGAACAAGACAUACAUUGCCGUGCAUGUCCAAAUUAUAUACAUGUCCAAAUUAUAUUUUUUACCCUACGAUAGGUAUCGAUAGCAAAAUAAAGCAUCACCACACAGCUGAUUGAAUGAUGUCGUAUGAAAUGGGAAUCCUAAGUGUGUGCGGGCAAGUUGCGGUCGAUCUCACAAAUGUUAUCGUGAAAGAUACCUGAAGAUUUGUUCGUGGAUUUAUGAAAAAAAAACUUCCGGAUAAUAUCGAGAAUGACCGGAACCAGUGCCAUCGACCCGGAUGUAUUAGAAGGGAAUAAAUUGCUACGCGAUUUUGAAACAUCAAUUCUUUCCAAAGACACCAAUGUUCAAUGGUCGGAGGUUGCUGGACUAGAAGAUGUGAAAGAAGUACUGAAUGAAGCUGUAGUUCUACCAAUCCAGAAUAGGCAAUCGCUUACGGGGGUGCCAACAUGCUGCAAAAGAAUUUUGUUGAUUGGUCCUCCUGGUACUGGAAAAACGUAUAUAGUCAAAGCAUUAGCAACACAGGUGAACAGUUCAACGUUCUCCUGUGUAUCAAGUUCAGACUUGGUAUCAAAAUGGGUGGAGACAUCGGAAAAGUUAAUACCGCAUUUAUUUGAAAUGGCUCGAGCCCGGAAACCCAGUAUUAUUUUCAUCGAUGAGAUAGACAUGCUGUGUCAAUUAAGAUUGGACAACGAAAGUGUCCGAAGAAUAAAAAUAGAAUUACUGUCUCAAAUAAAAAAUUUAGAUAAUACUGAUGAAAUUUCCUUACUUGGAGCGACAAACGCUCCUUGGUUUUUAGAUUCCGAUGUUCUGGAAUGUUUCCGGAAAUGUGUCUACGUUCCAUUGCCACACGAACAAGCUCGGCUGAUGUUGCUCAAACACCAUCUAGGCAAAGCUACCAAUAAUCUUACUCAGCAAGAUAUCGAAAUCAUUGCCAACCGGACCGAGGGUUACACAGGGGCCGAUAUCAUUUCGUUAACUCGGGAUGCACUGAUGCAUCCAGUACGGAAGGUUCAAUCGGCGACGCAUUUCAAAAAGACUGCCGGUUCGUCUCCUAACGACGAGAAUACGAUCGUAGAUGAUCUAUUUGUGCCUUGUGAUGCAAACGAUGCCGAAGCCAUCGAAAUAAGUUGGACGGAAGUUGCCAGCGAAAAGCUUUGCAUUCCGCCAGCUACGAUGGACGAUGUUCUCGCGUCGUUUUCCAAUGCCAAACCAACUGUAGACGAACAAUAUGUGGAAAAGUUGAACAAAUUUGUGGAAGAUUUUGGAAAUAUAUAGGCUACAGGUAACACUAGAGGUGUAUGACAUGCAAAUAAAAACUAGCAUUGCAGUGAUCCAAUGUCC